AUGAUUAUUAAUCGAUUACAUUUUUAAGCAAAUGUAUAAACAAAACAUUUAAAUUCAAAUUUUUAAAUUGUAAAUAACUUUUGUUGCUGUAAUCAACAACCAUUAUGGACAUCUUCGAGAGCUUCUGCCGAACGUGCGGGAACGAGUGCCUGGAAUCGCUGUCCAUCUACAAGGAAAGUGCCCAAGCGCUGGACAAGAUGGUGCCCAUAUCCGAUAUGCUGGCGGCCUGUCUGCCCGCCUCCAUGCCGCCACUGGAUCCAGAAGACGACUAUCCCAAGCAGAUAUGUCGCAUCUGCGUGAAAAAGCUAUCCAUGGCCUUCGAGUUCAGCCACCAGUGGCUGGGCGCCCACAGCGAGUUCAAUGUGGCCCUAAAGUUCGAGCAGCGCAGAAGGCGCAGCCAGGCCAGCAGAUCCCAGUCCCAGACCCAAAGCCAAACUCCAACCCACCCGGCGAAGCCCAAGAAUGAGCCACUGCCCACGGACCCGGCGGAUGCAGUGACCCCUAAAAUCCCAUCGAAAAGGGCAGCUGCGCCAGCCACCGACGAGGCCAAGUCCAGCAGCGAGUCCAGACCGGGCUUCAAGUGCGGCAUCUGCAACAAAUGCUUUUUUACGGAGAAGGCCUGCCAAUUUCACUUUAAGUUUGCGCACAAGGAUCUUUAGAAAUCUGUGGUUUUUUAAUAUCUUUUAAACAGUCCAUGUCAUUAACUGCACAACUCGCCGAUGUUUUGUUCCUUUUAACUUGUAAAAUAUUUUGGUUUAAAUUAAGAAAAUAUAGUAGCUUAACUACUACUUCUCUUUGUACGACAAGAUAAUUCUUCUGGUCUUUCAAAACAAAAACGUUGCAAAUGAUGUACAUAAGAAGCAACAUAAAUCCUGGAAAAGUAUACCCAGCCAAAGGUGAACCACUGAGCACUGGCUUCUGUACAUUUAGAUGUUUGUUUUACUUAGCUUUAGAGUAAACAAAAAAAAAUCAAUGAUGAGAGCCGACAGGAUUUUCCGAAGGGUCGAAAUCCUCUAGUCAUCCUCGUCGUUGCGAACUUUCUGGGCACGCGGAUCAUCGUGGCGG